UAUUACACAAUUCACAUUGUACCCCAUAUACUACUUACUCUGUGAUACCUAUGGAGAAAUGUAAACAAAACAGCCAAUAUUCUUUAUUAUAAGAUUUAAAGUGGCCUCAAUUAUUCGUAAUAUAUUAUAUUGAAUAAUUAAAUUAUUAUGGGUCCAUACAGGUUGUUCAGUUAUAAUGUGGAAAUUCAGUACAAAAGUUAUUUUCUUUCCAAAGCAAUGUUGUUUACAUUAAUCACUACAGCUUUGAAUAUAGUCUUACCAUUUUUCAUUGCAUAUAGAAGUAGAGGAUUUUGGCUUAAUUCGCAUUAUUUUUAUGAAAAGCCGAUGAUUCGCCCUACCUUUGAUUACUUACUUGUAGCAGAAACUAGUGACCCUAGUGUUACAUUUACAUGUGGUGAUACACACAAUUUAUUUAACUAUGCAAAUAAGGAUUUUGAAGAACAUUGUGCGGAGGUUCAGAUCCAAGAACAUGAUUACAAUAAGUAUAAUAAGAAUGAUAUGUUAAGUUUUAGACUUAAAUUAAAUGUACCAAAUAUGCACACAAUUGCUUCUAUAAUUUUAAUUUUAGGCCUUGAUUUCCAUUUAAUGAGUGUAUGUCUAUUACAAAUGCAGAGUUUAGCUGUUAUCACAAGAGAAUUCACAGUGCCAUCUUCAGGUCUCACAUUUCAUGGGCAUUUGAAAUUUAUACAAACUUCACAUUUGCCAUGUUUAAGGCAUCAUAUUGAUACUACUUAUAAUAUAUCAUUAUUUAAUAUGCCAAAAGCUACAGAAAAUACUGUGGACUCAAUGAUGGAAAAUUACUUUUCAAGAGAGACAACAACACAUGUGACACCAAUAUAUAUAAGAAAUCAAAUUGGUUCAACGGGAGCUUUUUAUAUUGAUGUCAAUCUAAAAAUACCAGAAAUGCAAAUAUUAUACAUCCCUAGUAUUUUGCAAGAAAUCAAAUGGGCCUGGCCCCAGUACCUGUCAAUGGUUGUUGUUUUUUAUUGGAUUAUUGGUAAAAUAAAGAAAUUUGUGUUUAACAAUCGUUUGCUUAUGGCAUGGGAAAUAAUUCCUUGGAAGAAACUACAAUAAAGUUCUGUGAGU